UGCACCAUGUCGUGGUCUGCCCUACUCAUCACCUCUCUAUUAUUCUGUUCCUGCACAAAUUGUGCUGCUCAGGUGAGUGUGACCCAGCCAGCCGCUCAAUCAGUCUCUCCUGGGGACACGGCGACAUUGUCCUGUACACUUAUUGGGUUCAGUAUAGGUGAUCGCUGGGUGCGCUGGUUUCAGCAGAAAACAGGGGAGAGACCCCGGUAUUUGUUGGAGUAUUACAGCGACACUAACAAAAACCAAGAGCCGGGGUCCCUGAUCGGUUCUCUGGAUCCAAAGACACCUCCAAGAACACAGGAUAUUUAACCAUUAAGUCAGUGUUGUUAGAAGAUGACGCAGAUUAUUAUUGUGGUAUGUGGCAUCCUACUAUUAGCGGUCUGUUCCACACUGA